AUGAUGGAAGAAGGCGACGAUGUGCUCGAACACAUCAACAAGCUCAAGACGCUGGCGGAACAGCUAGAAGCGGUGGGGGCUCCAGUCUGCGAGGACGAUCUGGUGAUCACACUCCUCGGCAGCCUGAGUGACUCGUAUCAAUUCUUGAUCACAGCUUUGGAGUCGCGCUCAGACACUCUUAGCUGGGAGCUCGUGACGUCUCGACUGCUUCAUGAAGAAAUGAAGCGGAAGGAGCAAGGAAGUAAAGGUGAUGAAGCUUCGCAAGGUCAAGCGUUCAUCACAAGGGACAAUCAGCGCAAAGGGCGACCAGUGAAGAAGUCCUGGCCGUGCCACAAUUGCGGAAAGAUUGGUCACUGGAUGGCGGAGUGCCCCUCGCGCAUCCAAGAAAACACGGAGAGACACCGGCCACAGCGUGCUCAAGACAGCGGCGACCGCUAUCGAUCACAACGUGCAAACGUCGCUCAAGAAGAAGACUCGGGCGACUACCUCUUUUCGAUCGGUGAAACGACAUCUGCGAAAUCGAGCGACAUCUGGCUGGUCGACUCCGGGGCGACGCAGCACAUGACGUGCUCCAAGAAGUUCAUGCGGAACUACAAGGGGUUUGACGCUGUGGAUGUCCAUCUCGCGGAUGAUGGAAUCGUCCAAGCAAUCGGCAGUGGGGACAUUGUCAUGUCGAUGAAGACACCCCAAGGGAUGAAGAAAGGUGUGCUCACAAACGUGUGGCACAUCCCAAAGUUAUCCAGAAACCUGUUCUCGGUCGGCCGCUUCACCAAGGAUGUCGGCCCAGUGACGUUCACGAAGGAUGGGUGCUAUGGAGAAGCGAAAGGGACCAAGUGGAAAAUUGGUGCCCGUGAAGGUAAAGGACUGUUCAAGCUGCAAAUGACUCCAGUGGCGCCGGAACAAGCAAAUGCAGCCAAGUCGUCGGGAUGUCAAGGGGGCACCAAGUCGUACCUCUGGCACCUUCGGCUUGGCCACAUAGGUCACGAUGGACUCAAUUGCAUCGUGACGAAGAACAUUGGAAUUGGCAUCGACAUAUCUUCGGUGAAGAAGUGGGACGUGUGUGAAGGUUGUGCUCUGGGAAAACAGACUCGAGUGCGCUUCCAAUCAAACACUACAGCUCGCACCUCCAAACUCCUCGAAGUGAUUCACAGCGACGUAUGCGGACCGAUGUCGAUGGCAACUUUCAGUGGAAAACGGUACUUCGUGACAUUCAUUGAUGACAAGUCAAGAUACUGUGUCGUCUAUCUGCUCAAGAGCAAAUCUGAAGUUGCGGCGAAGUUCAUGGAAUACGCUGCGAUGGCCGAAACGCAAACCGGAAAGCGCGUGAAGUACCUUCAAAGCGACAAUGGGGGUGAAUACAAGUCCGACAAGCUGGCACGAUUCUGCGCGGAACGGGGAAUACAACAAAGGUUCACACCCCCAUAUACUCCUCAGCUAAACGGAGUAGCUGAGAGAAUGAAUCGCACGCUGGUCGAGUGUGCGCGUUGCAUGAUGGAACACGCUGGACUGGGAAAGAGCUACUGGGGUGAAGCAGUGAUGACGGCGAUGUUUCUUCGAAACCGCUGUCCAACACGUGCCAUUCACCAAGACAAGUCUCCAUAUCAAGUGUGGACGAUGAAGAAACCGAUUCUGGCCAACCUUAAAGUGUUUGGAUGCCACGCGUAUGUUCAAGUGCCUCAAGACAAACGCGCGAAGUUCGACUCCAAGUCAUCACUCUGUCGUUUCCUGGGAUACGCCGAACACCAGAAGUCAUAUCGAUUUGAGGAAGUGUCAACAGGAGCGAUCAAGAUCAGUCGCGAUGCCACAUUCAUGGAAGACAAGUUUGAUGAAGGUCCGCGCAACUACAACGAUGAGUCAAGUGUCGUUGAGUUUGAUGAUCAUGAUGAGGACGAAGAAAAAGAAGAAGGUAAAACUGACGACGACAUGGACUCGAGCGACGAUGACAACGAAGACACCAGGUCUUCGAAGAGCAACAUCAAGAGACACACGCGCACUCAAUCACUUGAGAAAGCUACCGUCAUUCCAAGUCCCAAGCGAAGAACGUACAGAUGUCCGUCGCUUGAGCAUGUGUCAGCGGCUGCAAUGGAUUUUGAAGCAGCCUACAUCGUUGAUUCAGUGGGGGAAACGCCGACUACAUUCAAGUCGGCGAUGGAAUCAAGCGACUCCGGCAAGUGGAAAGAAGCGUGUGACUCGGAGUUCGACUCGCUUCAGAGAAACGACACGUGGGAAAUCGUGCCUCUUCCGAAAGGUCGCAAGGCCAUCGGGUGCCGAUGGGUUUUUCGUGUAAAGGAGAAUCAAGAUGGCGAAGUUGAACGUUUCAAGGCAAGACUUGUGGCCAAAGGAUUCUCACAGAAAUUCGGAGUUGACUAUGAAGAAACUUUCGCACCGGUGGCCAAGUUCACAUCGAUUCGUGUGGUGCUCAGUAUGGCGGCUAAGUACGGCCUAAUGCUACAUCAGAUGGACGUCAAGACAGCGUUUCUUAACGGCUCCCUCAACGAAGACAUCUACAUGGACCAGCCGGACGGAUACCUGGAUGCAACACAGCCGGACUAUGUGUGCAAGCUAAAGAGAUCACUCUACGGCUUGAAGCAAUCGCCUCGCAUGUGGAACCAAACAAUCGAUGGGUUCAUGAUCAAGAUGGGAUUCAAGAAGUGCGAAUCGGACCACUGCAUCUAA